AUGAGCCUGAGCCCGAGUGGCGGCGGUGGCAGCGGUGGCAACGCGCCAAGCUACGCCGGUCACGCGGCCCACCCGAGCCUUGCCAGCUACGCCAAUCACGCCGGUCACGCCGGUCACGCCACUCACGCCAGUCACGCCUCUAAUGUCGCCAAUGUCGCUAAUGCCGCUAAUUCCGGUCACGCCAUCCACCCUAACCAUGGCAACCCCCUCCACGUGGACGUGAAAGGCGGCCUAGACAGCACCAACACCCACGUGUACAGGGAGACGCUCUCCGGAAGGGUCCACCUCAAUGGGGAGGCGGACAGCUACGCGAAAUUGGAUCUUCCCAGGGGAGGAGACCCUAUCCGAGCUGACCCAAGCCGCGCCGAUCUGAACCGCGCCGAUCUGAACCGUGCCGAUCUCAGCCGCGCCCAUAUGAACCGUACCGAUAUGAAGCGCCCCCCCUUGGAGCCGCCCAGCAAAAAAAAGGAAGAACCAUUCAAAAGCAUAACCCACUUCGCCAAGUACCUCUUCUUCAUCGCGAAAAAAAUUGCCUACGAAGAUGUCCACAGGUUCGGAGAAACCACCACUCAUCAGAAUACAAAUGAGGAGUUAAAGAAGGCUCUUGUGAAACAUCUUAUUUACAAACUGAACAAAAUUCUGUCUUCACUCCUAAACUUCAACGUCCUCCAGUACAAUGAGAAUGUUAACAUCAAACAGGAGGUAGAGUAUCUCUGUCUAAAACAUAGUAAUAUCACUCUGAAUAGAAUAAGGUUGAUGUUAAGCAAAUUAGAAAAUAGUGGAACAAACUACAGAUACGUUUUGUAUAUCUUGUUGAAGCUACAUAGUUUUGAUGAUCAGAAUGGUGUUCAGGGGUUCUCUCCAUCUGUUGGUUCGUCUCCAUCGGCUGCUUCCUCUUCUUUUGUUGCUUUCCCUCCAAGUGCAGAAACCUCCGCAGUAGCAAAUGCCGCGCGCAAUGUGAACCCCUCUCAGGGGGCUGUAGGACCUGGGACACACGGAAAUGCCUCUUCUGCGGAGGGAGACAGUCAUAGGUAUGCCCACAACAGGGGGGCUACAAACGGGGACGUAAAUCAGAGAAAGGAGGACCGCUACAAGGAGGACCCUUACAAGGAGGACCCUCACAAGGGACACCCCUACACGGAAGAACAACGAUCCAAAUUGGUGGACACCGGCUGGGGGAGGCCCCACCUCCAACCCACGCAGGAUGGGAAGAGGUACUUCCAGCCCCCCCCAGAGGGACGACCAUACAAUCAGCGUACGCAGGAUGGACGGGAGGUUAGACUGUCCAUCCAGGGCCCCUCCCCCCGUAGUGAUCCUCGUCUGGACCCCCGUAGUGACCCCCUCUGCGAUAAAAACUUCAUCAACAAGAGCCUCUACGCAACGAUCAUUCUGAACAACAAAUUCAACAAUCUCGACGUGGAGGAGAGCUUACUCAUGAAAGAUCUCAUAUAUCCCCUACAAGGGAUGAGUGGUCAGUAUAUAAAAUAUGACAAGACGGAUCGCUGCUUCUAUGUGUGGAACCGGAAAGUCAGCAUCGGCAUGCAUCACCUGAUAAACAACAUCAGUAGUCUCGGUUUGCACUUUCGAAGAAUAAAGAAAAUCGUUGGAGUCUCCGCUUCAGAGGGAGGUGCAACAGGGGAGGAUCCUCACAGUGAUGAAGACGAUUGGGGGGAUUUAUCCGAUGCGGAGAGCAGCAACCACCACCACCCCGGGGAACGCCGUCACUCUAGCCAAUCCCGUAGGAGAGGCAGUCUAGUCAUCGACGCACUGCAUCAGAUAGUCCGUGAGUAUAUUAAUGAAUACUACAAACUACUCUCCUAUCUAGAAAGUGACAUAAACGAACACAUACACAAAAACACAGUAUACAUCGGAGUUAAGAAACUCCAUCUGCGUCUGCAAGAAUCGUACAAGAUAAUGCGUGUCCUGAUGAACGUCGUGGAUGAGUCUCGCAGAAGCACUGGCUGCAACUUCCUGUCCUUCGUGUAUUCAAAAUCUCAAACGUACGAUUAUGAGGAACAGAAAAUAUACCGAACGAUACUGCAGAGGUGUCUAAAGCCAGUAAAUGCUAUCCUAAAGCAGUGGGUAGACAACGGGACGCUCAAGGAUAAGUAUAAUGAGACAUUCAUCUCGACGAAUAGGAAUGUCCCAUCGGAGAAGAUGUGGUGUUACAAGUUUUACCUCAACAGCAAUAACAUUCCUCUCUUUCUGAGUGUCAGCACAGCGAAGCGGAUUCUCCUGACUGGGAAGAGUGUGCACCUCCUGAAUAGCUUUGGCGGGGAGGGCAGCCACUUCGAACAGGCCGCCGCCGAGCCAAAGCCCUGCCCGCAGUCGGGAAGGAGCAAGUCGGAUAGCCAGUCGCUACCCACGCCGCUGCAUAAAUCCCCUCGGCCAGGCGAGGUGGACGUCUUCUCCGUCACCGACGUGAACCUCUACGUGGAAAACAUCGACCGCUACGUGAAGAGACUGUGCGUGCGAAAGAACAAGCGGCUGAUCUCGAUGCUGGUAAAUAAGUACGGGCUGUACGAGCACUUCCGUGCAUUCCGGCACUUCCUCCUGCUGGUGGACGGAGAUCUCUUCGAGACCAUUUUCGAUAAUAUGAAGACGGAUCUAUAUAUGGAUGCGGAGGAGCUCAAGCGACAUUACCUAAAUAGCAAGCUAGACCUCUGUAUUAAGUCUUCCUCUAUAUUUACCUCCAACCAGAGUAUCAUAAACAAGUUGAUCCUGGACCGAUUCCAGGUCAAGCGAGGAGACAUCGGCUGGGACGUCCUCGUCUUUGACUUCAUCGUAGACAAACCCCUCGACAUCAUCUUCACGCAGAGAGUAAAGACCAUAUACAAGACGAUUAACGUUCUAUUGAUAAAACUGAAGAAGAUACAUUACGAGCUGGCAAACAUCUGGUACUUAUUCACGCAUUUAUUUAAGAUAAUGAAUGUCGUCUGCUACAACCACGUCUUCAUUUACUGCAAUAUCAUGCGGAAUGAGAUGUUUCACUUCAUCCAGAAUCUACUCUCCUACUUCUACUACGACGUCAUCGAUAUGAACUGGAGAGAGUUCAAAAAGGUCAUCUUCAAUUGCAAUGAUUUGGAUCGACUGAUACAUGAGCACUACCAGUACAUAAGUCAGAUUCAGUUUGACUUGUUCCUUGGAAAUUCCGUCGAUGGGGGAGGAGCAGCAGAGGCAACCGGAGCAGCCGCAGCAGGAGGAGGAGGGGUAGGUCCUGCUGCCGCUCCAUUGUCUGUGUCUUCUCCUUCCCCUUCUUCUUCCUCUUCAUCCGUCCCUUCAGAGGUAGACUCCACGUCGGAUGGCUACUUGGACAACUCGUUUGGAUCCCCACCUCCUGGAGGUGCCGUUGAUUUUGUCUAUGCCCCUUCUUCCCAUUUGGGGGAACCAUCUUCCAAGUUGGUUUCAUUCCCUCGAGGAGGUCUCCACCCAUCCAGCAAAAAUGUCGAAGCGACGUAUCACACCUCAGAUGCAGUUCCACAGACAGGUUCUACGAAUAAUACAACCCAUAACGUAGACAGAGAAACGCACCUCUGUAUGUACCGAAUCCUGGACAUCAUAACCCGCUUUAUCAAUCUGACCAGCGCGUUGAUCUCCUCCGUCUGUGAAGGAUACUCGGAGAUAAAACAACUCACAGAGGCCAAGAAGGACCAGAGAAACACUAUAGACAGCGACAUCGACUAUGUGAACAAUUUUAUUAACACCAAGAUAAUUGGAGAGAAAACCAUUCGCGAUCUUAAGAUCCUUCUAAAGUACUAUCGAAAUUAUAUCUAUAAGUUUAUCUGCCUCCUCCUGAGUGACAGCAAGUCGGUCUCCUCGCACUCCCGCAUCUCCAAACGGGACAAACUCAAUUCCCACCGCCUCCUCGCCGCUCGCCUCGACUUUAACCUCUACUACGUCAACAUCUCCAAACUCAGGGACGGCUCCACCCCCAAGCUCAACAUCUCCAGUCAGAUUAAGAUGAUCAAACGGGGCCAUCCGGCUACUAAGCAGUUAAGCGGGUAA